AAGUAACUGGCUAGAAUGAAGGUACUUUAUAAUACCCUACCUUUACCAGAUGACCGUCCAGUGACGGCACUUUGUGUUGUCGAAGAUCCGUCAAAAUGUCCUCUUGGCUACACAGUUGUAGCCAAAUCGCACGAUCAAGAUUUGGAUGCAGAUUUAUGGAAAGAUGGUUUUUUUGGUAAAAGGAUCACACGUUAUCUAUGCUUGUCAAAGACAGAAGGUCCUUCUGGAUUUGUUAUUGAUUCAUUGUGUGUAAUCAAUGACAAAGAUGCUCCCCCCAAUGGGUAUGUCUUGUUGUCGAAAACUUAUGGGGCUGAGCAAAGAGCUUGGAGGAAGCGGCAAUUAACCUACAGACUGAGCGAGAAAAAUUCAGUCUUUCUUGCCAUUACUGACAUCAUCAUACUAAGUAAAUCAAAGAAAGCUCCUGAAGGUUUUACCAUGGGUGGAGAAAUCAAUGGAUUGGUGCUGUGUUACAAAUCUGCUCCCCUACCUUCAAAUUCAAAUCCAAUGUUGAAUCGAGUUCUUCCAUCCCUACCAGCAGUCAACCUUAAACCCACAACAAAUUCAGGUUUCACUUCAUCUACACCAGUUGUUUCUCCUACACCCUACACAAAAAAUUCUUCCAAUGCCAAUCCCCAAAUCAAAUCUCCAGUAAGACCUGCUCCAUUACCUCCUCUCAACAAUGAUAAGCCCUCACCAGAUGACAACCCAGCCACAAAGAAUCAUCUUAUUGUCAUAUCAACGUCUACACUAUCAGGUUUCACAGGCCUGGAAGGAGUUCCUUUCCUUAAAUUCUACAUGGGGUGAAAAUCCCGCCCGUGUUCGACUUCCGUCUGGCAAUUUUCUCCCUGGCCGUCAUUUACAUGAUCACUUCGUUGGGCAUUCAAUGCCUGAUUGAUUACUGUACUCU